AUGGCGAGGCGGCUGGACUACGUGAACCAUGCCAGGAGGCUGGCGGAGGACGACUGGGCAGGGGUGGAGAGCGAGGGCGAGGAGAAGGAGGAGGGGGAAGAUGGGGAGGAAGAGGAGAUGGACGUGGAUGCUGGCAAGAAGCUGCCCAAGCGCUAUGCCAAUCAGCUGAUGCUGUCUGAAUGGCUGGUCGAUGUCCCAUUGGAUCUGGAGCAGGAGUGGGUUGUAGUGGUGUGUCCCGUCGGGAAAAGGGCGCUGGUUGUGGCAUCCAGGGGCACAACAGCAGCUUACACCAAGAGCGGCUUCUGCGUCAACAGGUUCCCGUCCCUGCUGCCAGGGGGGAACCGGCACAAUUCAACCAGCGAGAAAGUGUACUGCAUCUUGGACUGCAUCUACAAUGAGGUAAAGCAGACGUACUAUAUCCUCGAUGUGAUGUGCUGGAGAGGACACCCUGUUUAUGACUGCCAGACCGACUUCAGAUUCUUCUGGCUUUCCUCAAAGAUCCAAGAGGAGGAAGGGCUGGGAGAGAAAAGCAGGAUUAAUCCAUUCAAAUUUGUGGGCCUGCAGAACUUCCCCUGCACCUCGGACAGCCUGUGUAAGGUUCUGGCUAUGGACUUCCCCUUCGAGGUUGAUGGACUUCUCUUCUAUCACAAGCAAACCCACUAUACCCCCGGCAGCACCCCGCUGGUGGGCUGGCUCCGGCCUUACAUGGUACCCGAAAUCCUGGGGCUCGCCGUGCCCGCCACCGCGCUCACUGCCAAACCAGACUACGCUGGGCGUCAGCUCCAGCAGAUCAUCGAGAGCAAGAAGAGUAAAAAGCUGGCAGGGGAAAAGGGUCAGCCGAGCAGCGCGGCGGCUGCGAGGAACGGACAUUAUGAGCUGGAACACUUGUCUACCCCUCAGCCAGCAAACUCUCUGGAGGGUCAGGACGAAGCAGUGAGCCAGAUGGAGAAUUAGGCUGCUGGGACAGACCGGUUGGGUAAGGAGAAAGCAAAAGGUUCCCCGCUUCUCACUGUCGCUCACGCUCCCUGAGAGGGGGGCAAAGGUAAUGAUAGGAUGGUUUUGUUUAAAGGGCACGGAAGUGGAAUGUCUCACUCCCAAGUGCUGCUGGAUUAUUUUU